UUUUGUUGAAGUUGUGAUUGAAAUGAUGAGUGUUGAAAGAAGUGAAGUUGUUGAUGAUGUGUUCUUUGAUUCAUCUGAUGUUUUGUCUAUUGGUGAACAAGUAAAAGAAGAAGAAGAAGCAGAGUUUCAAGUUUGGUCAGGUGAGCCAGUUAGUGUUGAGGAACGUCGUGUACGGUUUCUCAAGAAAAUGGGUUUAUUAGAAGAGAUGUGUUUGGAGAGGAUGAUAAGCGAUUAUAGCGAUGAGGUUACUACUAGUUCUUCUUCAGAUUCAUCUCUCUGUGAUCGUGAAUUGCAAUGUUGUGUUAGAGAGGAGAAUUAUGGAUCAACUACUUCAAUGUCUGAUGAGGAACUAGAAGGAGAGGAUGAUGAUGAUGAUGAUUUAGAAGAAAUCUCAAGCAACGCUUCUACGAGUCCAUCGCGGAGUUUCAGCAAGAAAAGCGCGAAGAAAUGGUUGUUCAAUUGCUUUGUAGGAGUGAAGGAUAAAGAUUUCAAAUACAAAUCAAGUGAAGCGACGAUGAGCAGAGUGAAAGUGAAGACUAACAAGAAGAGUCAUGUAGAGUUAUCUGCAGCUUACAUGGUACAAAAGAUUAAUGGACACAUAGGGAAAAUUUGGGUAUUGAAGUUUAGUCCUGAUGGUAAAUACUUAGCAACCGGAGGCGAAGAUGGAGUUGUAAAGAUAUGGCGAAUCACGCUAUCGGAUUCUCUACUCGCCUCUUUUAUGCGACAACAAGAACCAAUAAGCCAACAAGAAGCAUUGGUUCUCUUUCCUCAGAAAGCUUUUCAUAUCGAAGAAACACCGUUUCAAGAACUUUAUGGUCACACCGGAGAUGUUUUGGACUUAGCAUGGUCAGACUCAAAUUUGCUUCUUUCAGCUUCUAAAGACAAGACAGUUCGGUUAUGGAGAAUUGGUAGUGAUCAAUGUCUUCAUAUCUUUCACCAUAACAACUACGUGACUUGCGUUGAAUUCAAUCCUGUAAAUAAGAACAACUUCAUAAGUGGAUCUAUAGACGGAAAAGCUCGAAUCUGGGGUUUAUCGGAAGAGAGAGUCGUCGCAUGGACCGAUGUACGUGAUUCCAUUUCUGCAAUCUGUUACCAACCAAACGGAAAUGGGUUUGUCGUUGGUUGCAUCACUGGGAACUGUAGGUUCUAUCAAAUCUCAGGUAACGAUGUGAUAAUGGAUGAACAAAUUCUUAUCCGGGGACGGAACAACAUCACCGCCGUGGAGUUUUGUCCUGGAAGCUCGGAGAAACUUAUGGUAUCUUCCGAUGAUUCGAAAGUUCGAAUAUUUGAUAAAACUCAAAUCUUUCACAAAUUUAAAGCUCCAUCGAAAUAUGGGAAACAAUCGUCGGCGUCGUUUGUUUCUUCCACCGGAAAACAUAUUUUAUCAGUCCGACGAGGUCUCGGAGUUUAUCUCUGGAACAACGAUGGUUUUCCGUCGAGGAAAGGCGCGAAAUCGUCGCGUUCUUUCGAGUAUUUUCAUUCGCCGGGUGUUUCCGCGGCGGCGGCUUGGACUCCACCGGGAGCAAAAAUAUCGAAAACGGCCGAAGAUGAUGAAGAAUCACGGCGAGUUCUGAGACAAAUACAGAGCUCCGGGAAAUUGUCUCGUUCCUGCCGUGUUACCGCCACGUGGCCGGUGGAGAAGCUCCUGAUGAGUAGUUCUGAUGUAGGAAUUUACGAUAAUACCCUCCCGUUCGGCGAGGCGUGGAGACUGGUGAUCGUGACGGCGAGCUUGGAUGGGAUGAUUAGGACAUUCCAUAACUAUGGACUGCCACGUAGAUUGUAGAGGUUGAUAUUUAUUUUUGUUUUAAAUAGGAGAUAAAAAUGAAAAUAAGAGAUUUUU